AUGCAGUCGCAGAGGAUUCCAGCAUUAAACUCAUUUUGUGCUCAACCCUCUCGCUCUCUUCGUGUGUCUCUCUGUGUGAAACUCGAAAGGAAAUUUACUUCUAUUUUCCCUAUUUAUGCUUGCAUGUUGCCGGAAACAAUUUCUACCAGUAAUUGUGGUCUAAGGUUGCCCCUUUUGCAAUUUGAGGUGAUUUUUUUUGCUUGUUUUGUGAUGAUUUGUGUUGUGGAAUUUUUUAUUGUUUGCAAACUUAGAUGA